AUGAGGACAAAUUGUUCCAGCGGCUCAGCCUGCGCUGCCAACAGUUCGGAGGAGGAGGAGCUGCCAGUGGGGCUGCGGGCACCUGGGAACCUGGAACUUGUCUUCGCAGUGGUGUCAGCCGUGAUGAUGGGCAUGCUCAUGUUCUCGCUGGGGUGCUCCGUGGAGAUCCGGAAGCUGUGGUCCCACAUCAGAAGACCCUGGGGCAUCGCGGUGGGGCUGCUCUGCCAGUUUGGGCUCAUGCCUCUUAUCGCCUAUCUCCUGGCCAUCAGCUUCUCCCUAGCGCCCUUGCAAGCGAUUGCUGUUCUCAUCAUGGGGUGCUGCCCGGGGGGAACCGUCUCUAACAUUUUCACCUUCUGGGUUGAUGGAGACAUGGAUCUCAGCAUCAGUAUGACAACCUGUUCCACAGUGGCUGCCCUGGGAAUGAUGCCACUCUGCCUUUAUCUCUACACCUUGUCCUGGAAUUUUGAGCAGAAUUUCACCAUUCCGUAUCAGAACAUAGGGAUUUCCCUCCUGUGCCUGACCGUUCCUGUGGCCUUUGGUGUCUAUGUGAAUUAUAGGUGCCCCAAACAAUCCAAAAUCAUUCUCAAGAUUGGGGCCAUUGUUGGUGGGGUCCUCCUUUUGGUGGUCACAGUUGCUGGUGUGGUGCUGGCGAGAGAAUCUUGGAAUGCAGACAUCACCCUACUGAUCAUCAGUUGCAUCUUUCCUUUGAUUGGCCAUGUCGCGGGCUUUCUGCUGGCACUUCUUACCCACCAUUCUUGGCAGAGGUGCAGGACAAUUUCCUUAGAAACGGGGGCCCAGAAUAUUCAGAUGUGCCUCACCAUGCUGCAGCUCUCUUUCACUGCCCAGCAGCUGGUCCAGAUGAUCAGCUUCCCCCUGUCCUAUGGACUCUUCCAGAUGGUGGAUGGAUUUCUCAUUGUUGCAGCAUAUAAGUUGUACAAAAGGAGACUGAAGAACAAACACAGGAAAAAGACCCCGGGCUGUGCAGAAGGCUGCCGUCACAAGCGCUCCACCUCUCCCCAAGAGACCGGUGCUUUCUUGGAGGUGAAUGAAGAAAUCGCUGUAACUCCUGGGACAUCAGAGCCGAUGGAUCCCCCUGUGGCUCUCGAGCCAACGGGCUCCAUCUCCUCAUGUGCACAGUAG